AUGUUUAUUCCUUCAAUUUUUUCUUUUAUUCUUCUUUCUUGUUUUAAUUAUGUUACUUUACUACACUUUUUCUCUUCCCGUUUUUCUUUCCCUGGUUUUUCUUUUUUUCUUUUUCUGUCUUUAUUUGUAAAUGAAUAUAUAAUCGAAUUCACGUUUCCUCCUUCAUUAUUUCUUCUCCGUGUAUUAUUCAUCGUUAACGACGUUUUUAUCUCUUGUAUUUCUCCGCAAAUCCUUAGCCUCCAUUUCUCUCUCUCUCUCUCUCUCUCUCUCUCUCUCUCUCUCUCUCUCUCUCUCUGUGGGUCUUUCUACUCAUUCAUUAUGUCUCUGAAUAAUCAAUUUGGUUUACAUUUUAAUGCCUUCCUCACUUAUAAUACAAUUUCUUUCUUUCUUUCUUUCUUUCUUUCUUUCUUUUCUACUAUCAAUACUACAACUCAUUAUAGCUUCCUUUCUUUCUUUCUUUCUUUCUCACUCUCGCUACUAAAACUUAUUAUAGCUUUCCUUCUUUCUUUUAUUCUACUCUUACUAUUAAAGGUCAUUAGUGUUUGCUUUCUUUCUUCUUUUUCCACUUUCCCUACUAAAACUCAUUAUAGCUUUCUUUCUUUCUUUCUUUCUUUCUUCCUCACUCUCCCUACUAAAACUCAUUAUAGCUUUCCUUCUUUCUUUCUUUAUUUCUUUCUUUUUUCUACUCUUACUAUUAAAGAUCAUUAUAGUUUUCUUUCUUUCUUCUUUUUCCACUCUCCCUACUAA